AUGAGUGCCAACCGAGAGGACCAUGUGAUCCUGUGUCAAAAGGCCAUCGGGCUGGUCAACGAACUGUGCACCAAGAACCUUCUGGAACAUGAGAAGUGCCUGGAGUUUGUGUUUUCCUCCUCCAGUCAGCUCCCCAGUGUAACUGAGACAGAUAUUUCCAUCAGCUUGCUUGCAGUGAUACUUAUUUUCUGUGGACUGGCCCUAGUGGCAGUUUUUCUCUUUGUGUUCUGGAAGCUCUGCUGGGUACCCUGGAAGAAUAAGGUUCUCUCGAACACCUCCAUUCCUGGAGACACAGCCAACAUCACCAGCACUGAGCAAGACAAGGAGAUGACGGACAAACCCAAAGAGUCCACCUCCAUGAGCUUCCUCGAGGCAGCCAUGAAGAUCAGUCACACGUCACCAGAUAUCCCAGCAGAGGUUCAGAUGUCCAUGAGAGACCACAUCCUGCGCCACACACGGAUACAGAGGCAGACAACGGAGCCAACUUCUUCCUCCAGGCACAGUUCCUUUAAGAGGCACUUGCCAAGGCAGAUGCAUGUAUCGAGCGUUGACUUCAGCACAGACUCCUUGCCGCAUAAAGAACAAGCGACAAGCAUUGGCCGGAUCAAACCGGAGCUCUACAAACAGAAAUCUGUGGAUUCAGAAGACACAAAGAAAGAAGGUGGGAAAACCUGCGGGAAAAUCAACUUCAUGCUAAAAUACGACUAUGAGAACGAAAUGCUGGUUGUUACAAUCCUCAAGGCUUUUGACCUGCCUGCGAAAGAUUUUUGUGGCAGUUCAGACCCCUACGUAAAAAUCUACCUUCUCCCCGAUCGGAAAAGGAAGCUCCAGACCAGAGUGCACAGAAAGACACUCAAUCCUACUUUCGACGAGAGCUUCCAGUUCCCUGUGUCCUAUGAUGAACUCGCCAACAGGAAGCUACACUUAAGUGUAUAUGACUUUGACAGGUUUUCUAGACAUGACAUGAUUGGGGAGGUGAUUUUAGAGAACCUGUUUGAGAUCUCAGACCUCUCCCGGGAUACCUCCAUCUGGAAGGAUAUUCAGUAUGCCACAACUGAAAGUGUGGAUCUGGGAGAAAUCAUGUUCUCUCUCUGCUAUCUACCUACUGCUGGCCGGCUGACACUGACAGUCAUCAAAUGCAGGAAUCUCAAAGCCAUGGACAUCACUGGCUACUCUGAUCCAUAUGUCAAGGUGUCUUUGCUGUGCGAAGGACGAAGGUUAAAAAAGAAGAAAACAACAAUAAAGAAAAACACAUUAAAUCCUACUUACAAUGAAGCGAUUAUCUUUGACAUUCCUCCAGAGAACAUGGACCAGGUCAGCCUGCUGAUCUCAGUUAUGGACUAUGACCGUGUUGGCCAUAAUGAGAUCAUUGGAGUGUGUCGUGUGGGGGUCAAUGCUGAAGGCCUAGGGAGGGACCACUGGAAUGAAAUGCUGGCAUAUCCACGUAAGCCAAUAGCACAUUGGCACCCCUUGGUAGAGUGGCAAGGACGCACGGCCAGCUUUGACAGCCAAGGGUCCUGUCCAUCUCCUAAACCUCCAGCAACACCAUGA